CAGACAUGACCAGGAAGUGAUUUAUCGUCGAACAAUCUAAAAAUUAAUGCGUUCAAAUGUAAAAGUUUAUGGCGACAGUACAACGGAACGAUUCAUACGGUGCAAGUCAUAUUCGUUUAAAACGAUUUUGACAAACAUUUCAAACGAAGAGUGAAAUGUUCAACUUUGACCCCUGACGAAUUGAAUGAGUUUUCUCCAAAAUGGCAGCAUCAAUACUUUCUGCGGUGUCCGCAACCUCAUUGGGUCAAAAACGCAGGGCAUCUUUGAAGAAGAAAGAAAGAAGAAAACGAAAACGCCAAGCCCUCGCCAAAGCCCAAAUCAGAGAAUCUGGUGAAAAUGGAGAUGAUUCUCCACCAGAACAUGAUGAUGAUGAUGAAAGGAAGGCUGAGGAAGAAAGACGGCGCCUAGACCAGGAGUGGCUGGAGAGGGAGAGGCUGGCCCAGCAGGAAUUCAGACUCCGGUGGGAGAGGGAAGACGCUGCAAGGAAGAGACAGGAGGAAGAGGAGGCGAGGAUAAAGCAGGAAUGGGAGGCCCAGCAGAGGAGAGAGGAAGAGGAGAAGGAGCAGAAGAAACAGGAGAAGAGAGACAGAGAGGAAGCUGUACAGAAAAUGUUGGACCAGGCUGAGAGUCAGCUGGAGAAUGGGGGUCCCUGGAGAAACCCCGAGGCUCCAGAUUUUGGUACGGAGCAAGAUCGGGCUAACUGUCCCUUCUUCCUCAAAACUGGAGCCUGCCGCUUCGGCGACAGGUGCUCUCGUAAGCAUGUCCACCCCCCGUCCAGCCCUACUCUGAUGAUCCGGGGGAUGUUUGCGACUUUCGGGAUGGACCAGAGGUCACGGGACGACUACGAUACAGACGCCUGUCUGGAGCACAGCGAGGAGGAGGUACAACAGCAGUUUGUGGAUUUCUACGAGGAUGUACUUCCUGAGUUCAGGACUGCUGGCAAGGUGGUGCAGUUUAAGGUCAGCUGCAACUUUGAGCCACAUUUGAGAGGAAAUGUUUAUGUCCAGUUUGACACAGAGGAGCAGUGCAAAGAGGCCUUCAUGAUGUUCAAUGGAAGAUGGUACGCUGGUAAACAGCUCCAGUGUGAGUUCUCUCCUGUCACCAGAUGGAAGACUGCUAUAUGUGGUUUGUUCGACCGACAGAAGUGUCCGAAAGGAAAGCACUGCAACUUCCUGCACGUGUACCGUAACCCUGGAAAUGAGUUCUGGGAGGCGGACAGGGACCUGCACAUGUCCCCCGACCGGGGAGGAGGAGGUACCGGGUCUUUCGCUGGGGGCUGGUUCUCUGAGAGAAGUAACCGCUCCUCGUGGACCGAGAGGUCACAGAGCCGACGGGGGGAGAGGAGCAGGAGGAGUAGAAGUAGGGAGAGCAGAAUAGCCCAAAGGAGAGAUAGUCUUCAGAGUGACAGGUCUUGGACCAGUCGUACCAGCACAAGACUCAGGUCGAGGAGUAGGGACAGAGAAAGGAGAGACAGGAGCAGAGAUAGGAGGGACAGAGGCAGGAGCAGGGACAGAGACCGGCGGGAUGGGAGCAGAGACCGAGAUGGGAGCAAGAGAGAGGGGUGGAGGGGUUCACCCACAGAGGCUAGUAGGGGGAGAUCCAGAUCAGCCAGCCCUGGAGAGUCCUCUAAGUGGAAGAGACAGGGGAGCAGGAGCCCUGGAGAGUCCUCUAAGAGGAAGAGACCAGGGAGCAGGAGCCCUGGAGAGGCCUCUAAGAGGAAGAGACAGGGGAGCAGGAGCCCUGGAGAGUCCUCUAAGAGGAGGAGACAGGGGAGCAGGAGCCCUGGAGAGUCCUCUAAGAGGAAGAGACAGGGGAGCAGGAGCCCUGGAGAGUCCUCUAAGAGGAAGAGACAGGGGAGCAGGAGCCCUGGAGAGGCCUCUAAGAGGAAGAGACAGGGGAGCAGGAGCCCUGGGAAAACAUCCCAAAAAGACAAGCAGCCAGCCAACGACAGCAGCGACACAGCUCCAUCACGCCACAAACACUCCAAAAAAAGCAAAAAGAAGAAGAGCAAGAGGAGGAAACCCAAGAGGGACAAAAAGAGCCAGUCGGCUGGGGGUCAGAGUUCAUCUGCAGAGUCAGGGAAGGAGUCUUGGGAUGAGGAGAAACCCUCUCCAAACCUUGUAGACAGCAGUACACGGACUCCUCAUGAGGUAGACAACACUACCCAGGAGGCUGUGGAUGUAGACAACACUACCCAGGAGACUGUGGAUAUAGACAACACUACCCAGGAGACUGCUAGGGUAAAUGCCAUACUUAGUCUCAUGUUGUCUGAGUCUCUUGAUAAUGCCAAUGCAGUCACUUCAGACAUACAGACCCAGGUCAAGGAGGAGGCUGAGGAUCCCUGUCCACCUAUUGUCCCCUCUCCUAGCCCUGGGGAUGUGGACAUCGCUCAGACUCCUGGGGCCACUGACAACAGUACUCCUGAGGCAAACACACUCUCCCCAGACCUCCAUAGUAUCUUCGUCAAGCAGGAGUAUCCCUCUCUACCCAGUGUGCCUGAAGAGGAAUGUGAACAGGAUGGACCUGAGAUGCUGCCUGAUUCCCCUGACGAUGAUGACCCAUAGCGGAAUGAAAUGUGUUCUGUAUGGACUUCACCAUGACUGCUAUGACCCAUAGCGGAAUGAAAUGUGUUCUGUAUGGACUUCACCAUGACUGCUAUGGGCAUUUUGAAGUGUACACUGUUUAUGCAUUGACUGUUUGUGAUCUUCACCAAUGCACUGCUCAACCUAGCUUUCACAAAUGUUAGUUUGUUCCAAAUGUAAGAUGUGACAAUUUAAAUGUUUU